AUGGGUUUCUCCCGACUAUUGCAUAAUCUGUACACUGAGAACGAGAAAUUGAAAUCAGAGAACAAGGGGUUGCAACAGCAGGUUAUUGAAUUGUCUUCUGCCGAGUUUUCUGCUGCCGCCAAGAAGCAAUUUGAAAUUCAAAUUGAGAACCUUGAAGCCCGAUUCAAAUUAGUUACAGACCUCAAUCAAGAGCUAACCUCAAAACUUGGCGAACUAAAAGAGAAUUAUGAAGCAGAAUUGGCUGAGAAACUUAAAGCCUUACAGCUGAAAGAGGAGGAGGUAGCUUCUUUGACCACCUCCCUUGAUUCGGCUAAAGCCGAGGCUUCUGCCAGAACAGAUGAAUUAAAAUCCUCUCAGAUGGCGCUGGUAGUCUACAGAGGGGGCGAGGACGUUCGUUAUAAGGAACGAGCCACCGCCAUGAUCGAGUCUACUGAGUUCAACCGGCCGAUUGUGAGAUCCAUCUUAAGGGGGAUAGAAAAGUCAUCGUGUCCAACAGUGGCGGCUGCAGAGGAUCAAAGCGACGCCUGCAAUCUGGAUACCACGCUCGAGCUCAUCGGCAUCUGCUUCAGCGUCUUCGUCGUCAUCUACCUCGUCAUCCACUUCGCCAUCGCUCUGCUCGAGCGGUGGCGCGCGCCUCCCCCCAGCGCUCGGCCCCGGAGGCAGAAGUCCGGGCUCGACCCCUCCACCAUCUCCGCCCUCCCCUCCUUCUCCUACCGGAAGGGCACCGAUGGCGGCGCCGAGAACGGCCAGGUGUCGGCGCCGGAGUGCGUGGUGUGCCUGAGCGCGCUGGAGGAGGGAGAGACAGCGCGGGCGCUCCCGGGCUGCGCGCACGUGUUCCACGCCCCCUGCGUCGACCUGUGGCUGCAGAAGGACUCCACGUGCCCCGUGUGCCGGGCCGACGCCCGCCCGCCGCCAAUGAUCCGAGGCGGCGCCGUUGUUCUGGAUAUAGGGGAGACGUCGGGGAACGGACAAGGCCGAGAUAGGAUCCUCGUAGGUGAUGGAAUCCAUGUAGUCAACGCUUCGCCAAUUCUAAGAUUUCUGGAAUUUAGUUCACAGCAAGUAUAAAGUUCUUUGAACAUUUUAAUUCGUUGCUUCAGUGAAAUCUUAAAUUGUGUGUGUUGAUGAACAAAACAAGGGAGCUUCUUCUGUCGCAAGGGCAAACUGCACUUAAAUUUUGAGAAACAGUGUUUAACACUUGUAACCGAGGUGGAUCUCUCUGUUGUUUGGUCAGAACUUAAUACGAAAGUUUCUGACCCUCAAUUUUUUUUAAAAGUUUAUCAUCCCCAUGUUAGUUACAAAUCAAUCAGCCAUUUGCACAGUGCA